UUAAACAUGGGCAGAUAUCCGAGUUAGCUUUAUCUGCCUAUAUCAUUCUUACUUGGAUUGCGAGCUGUAAAGACUAAUUUAAAGAGUCAUUUAAAAAAUUAAUCGUUUCACGUUUAUCAUUUCUAAACGUCCACAAAAAAUAAUGCCACGAGUUAGCAAACCACGAUCACGAGUUCGUCAGCAGGAUCAACGACCAUCCAGUAUUCAACCGUCCGUCGAAGUACCGAGCAAUUUGGGCGAGUUAUCAAUUUUAGAGUUGAAGAACCUUUGCCGCGAACUCAACUUUUCCUGCGCUGGCGGCCGACGGGUACUUACAACGCGUCUACAAAACGAAAGAGAACGUCUAAACACGAAUACGCCGCAAUCCAACAUUCAAACCGUUCCAGUAAACAACACGUUAUCUAAUUCCAACGCAAGGGAAAGCUUCAGCGCCGACCAACUGGCACAGAUCACGCAGAUUGUUUCGCAGUCGAUUUCGUCUUUCUUCGAAAGCCAACACGCCACAACAACCGCGACUCGUGUAGAUGAGCAGCCAACUAUCCCGCCACCGCCAACGCCACUCGAAAGGCUAGAACAGCUUGGUCAAUUUCCAUUUUUAAGUUCCAGCGAGCUCCAGCAGCAGCCGACUUCAUCCCAUGGACCUGUUGCCUCAAUCCAGCAAGCAGAUGGGGGAUUCACGCCAGAGAUUCCAAACAAAUACGUUCGUGACAUCGAAAGUGGUGAGUUUUUUGAGCUUGCUAAAUUAUUGCCAAAAAAUUUAAAUAAGUUAAAUGUUGGUUCCGAUUCUUCUGACAACGUGGGUUUCACAAUUUCCUCUACGGGAAUCUCAUUAACACCGCGCAAGCCUCAAGUGCUGACUAACAUUGAAGAGUGGACAACCGCUUUCAACACGUAUAUGUUAAUCAUAGUACAAAAAUUUCCAAAUCGUGCAUCAGAACUUUUACAGUACAUGGAAACCAUCCGUCAUGCGGCAAAAACGCAUGGCGGUUUAGGCUGGUGCAUAUAUGAUCAUAAAUUUCGCUAUAAAGCCGCCGCGUGUCGAACAUUGUCGUGGGCCAACAUUGACAUGCAGUUAUGGUUGCGUAUUUUCACCGCUAGCUCUACUCAGUUGCGGGAAGAUUAUUCCCUUUUUUCUAACGGACCCUCAAACAAAGCUGGGGCAGCGAGGGACGGAAUUUGCCACAGCUACAGCAGGGGUAGAUCUUGCUCAUUACGACCCAAUUGCCCUUACACUCACCGAUGUAACCGAAUUGGCUGUGGGGGGAACCAUCCUGGGUACCAAUGUCCACAAUCCCGUGGGGAAAACGAUCACAACGACGACCACCCUUCACAAUCCGCCCGUAGCUCCGCGAAGACCAACAGAAAAUAGAACUGUUAGUUUAAAGUGUAGUAUAUAUAAUAGCAGUAAUUCAAUACCUUUAGAUAAUACUAUAGUUACGCCAAUUCGCGUUGACGCGCUUGAAGGUGCUCUUUGUGGGCAUCCCAAUUCAUCAUUCGUUUUGAAACUCUGUUCAGACUUGCGUUUCGGUGCUCGUCUCGGUUACGAUGGUCCUCGCAUGUCAAAAUUUUCGAAAAACCUCAAGUCUGCCAUUGACAAUCCAACUAUUGUUUCAACUAACUUAGCUAAGGAAGUUGCUCUUGGCCACACAGCUGGUCCUUUCACCAAUCCGCCAUUUGCUAAUUUACAGGUUUCGCCAAUUGGCAUUGUACCUAAAAAGCAUUCAGAUAAAUUUCGAACCAUUUUUCACCUCUCGUUUCCAAAAACGGGAGAAUCAAUCAAUUCCUUUAUCGAGAAAGACGACUUUUCAUUGCAGUACAUAAAAAUCGACGACGCAAUUACGGCUUUAAUCCGAUUAGGCAGAGGCACUUAUCUAGCUAAAACUGACAUAGAAUCUGCUUUUCGUCAAUUCCCUGUUCAUCCUGACGACUGGGAGUUAUUAGGCAUAUAUUGGAACAAGUCCUAUUAUUUUGACAAAGUGUUGCCAUUUGGUCUGCGUAGUGCGCCGUAUAUUUUCAAUCAACUUUCGGAUGCACUUGAAUGGAUUUUACUCAACAAGUGUUUUAUAAGCUAUGUUGGGCACAUUCUAGACGAUGUUCCUUUAUCACGUAGUCAAUUUACUAAGGAACUACGAACACUUUUGGCCCAAGGUGGUCAUCACCCUGCUCACUAUGCAGGCCACAGCUUUAGAAUCGGAGCGGCUACCACAGCUGCGUCCGAAGGUUUGCCUCAUUGGCUUAUUCAAACACUAGGAAGAUGGUCUUCCGAUUGUUACCUCAGGUAUAUUUGCACGCCAAUCAAUGUCCUUACAGACGUUUCAAAACGAUUGAUUGCAGAGUGAAAUAAACACUCGAUCGUUGUUUGUCGGUCUAUGGGGAUCACACACACUAUCGUUGUGUGAUUGUGGAGGCAAUUGCUCUAGUAUGAGGUCGCAAUUUUACCAUAGACCUCACGUUUUCUUUACGGAAUUUGGCAACCUGGCAUACAGCCAAUUCCCAUUUACAAAAAUCACUCUAUUUCUGCAUAUGAGUAUAUGUGCUGAGCCAGAUCAGUGUUCUAAGAAAUAUUUCCCUGAUCAUUUUUUUCCAGGGCCCAGCUCAGAGUAUAUGUCUUGCAGGGCAGGCUAGGAUCCAGCUCUAAAUGGAGUAUAUGUUCUAGCCGACUCAGGACCCAGCUCUAAAUCCGUAAAAGUAUAUGUAUUGGGCAGAUUAGGACCCAGCUGCAAAUCAGUAUAUGUCCUAAUCGACUUUCCCCAAGAUCCAGCUUUUCAAUACGAGUAUAUGCCCUGGGAACCGCUCAGCACCCAGCUCUUCGCAGAUAAAAAAUACAAUAUAUAGAGCAGUUGUCCCACACUUCCAUAACCCCACAAACCUUGUGUUCUUAUGCGUGACGUUAUAUUAAAUAUCUCAAUAUAUAUAUAUUUAUUAAACGGUGAGGACAUUAAUGACCACAAUACAAGAAGUGUAUCUCAAAUUCACAAAACUUUCAAAAGAACUAACUAUGCAAAACUAUUAAAUCUUACACGUAUUAAAAAACACUUGUUAUCAAAUGAAAACGAAAUGCAAAUUGCAUUGAUAUAAAACUGUCCUAUUUUUACAUAUAAUUAUCUUUUAUUUACUGAUUAUAAACUGAUUAUCUUUAGUGUAUAACAAAUAUUUCUGUAAAUGUAACAUAGUCUAGGGGUCUUAAACAAAAUCCUUAUAGGUUUCUAGUAGGCCCCUAGCCCUACUGUAAUAAUAAAUUAGUAAACUUUUGUAAAUAUUAUUAAAACAUUUUUUGGGCGAAAUUAAAGUAAAUAUGGACAUAUACAUUCCUCCUUACCUUAACAACGAACAAAUCUUUACACUAACAAAAGCAGCAGUAAAGUAAAACAAUAGAGGUCGCAGCAAAAUGUUACAAAUCAUAUGGUCUAUCCAGCAUCCACUGAUCUCUUGAUUCUACGUCAUAAAAUUGACUAUGUCACAAAACAGAUAUCCGAAAUCUCGAUAAUAAUCUCAACAAUAGUGUGCUGCUUGCGGUAGCAACUAUAGGGUUUCAGACAGCAAUGCGAUGUUAACUAGAGACCUGGUUCCUACCAUUUAUAUGUGUCCUUUGUAAUUAAAAGCUCAUCAUACUAUUUUGUAAUGCAAUAUUGUUGUGUUUGUGUGUUCAUAUACUAAGACUAGAAGUUACUAUCGCAAGGAAAGUGCUGCCUCACCCCCAAGGGAUCAAAGGCAGCAUGCGCAAUUUGCUGAAUAAUAAUGGGCCGUUCUUAUGAUCCCGCUUUGCCUGGAUGAAAUAUGAGGCGGGAUGAUUUAGAUGUAUUUAAAUAAGUCAUGGUGCACAGUGCACACUUCAGCAAAAAAACUUCAUUAUUUUCGAGAGAUAGCAAUAGUUACCUGUAAACUGAAAUUUUGUUCAAGCAGCAAUAAUAAUCUUCUUAAACUACAAGAUGCUCUACAACAUUUGAGUUCUGUUAACCAGCAUUUGAACUUUUGUUUAGCCUGUUGACUUAUUUCAAUACAUCAAAAUCAUCCCACCUUCCAUCAUGUAAACAGCCCCUAAGAUGCCUGUUCAGGAGGUAGGAAAAGUGCAAUUUGAAUACCAAACACCUUGCACAAAGUCAAAGGUCAGCUAAAUAUUCUAAUUUUACUUUCUUGGCAUGGCCGUUUUUAUAUGAAUACAUUCAAUGCUUAUAACUUCUUGCUUUUGUAUCUAUAAUUAUAAUACUGUUGGUGGUGAACCUAGCAACUGGCUGUGAACCUAGCAACAGGUCAUGCUACGGUUUUUGUGGCUAGCCUGUUCGCGGGCUAGCCACUAUGUAACGCUAAAAGUGUAAGAGGCUGUGAUGGAAAUUGUCGACUUUACUUCGGAAACUGUCUUUCAUUGGAUGAGACGUCAAUAUUUAUGUUAAAAUUGCCUCAGAAAAGGUAUCUUAACGACUUUAAUACUGGCAGAUGUCUCACUCAGCAAAAUUACAGUUGCCAACUGGUAGAAAUACUCGAACGAAUUUUUCACAGCAAACGGUAAAUUAAUAAUUUUUGUCAUUUCAAUCAAUAUUUAUGUUUUUGAUGACUGCUCUGGACUUGGCCUCUGGUCAAAGAGAUUUUGAUCACGCUUCCUAUAAAGCUUUAUAGUGAGUUUAUAAUCCUGUUUAAUGUUUUUAUUAAUAAUCAAACGUGCUUACAGAUCUUGAAUUUUAAUAUACCAUUAUGCUGGUAAAUUAAGAAGCCAUUGCUGGCAUAUUAUACUGCAGUGUAACUGUCCUAUCAACUUGCAGGUAUAAAACUACAAUUAACACAGAAAACAGGCUGGACUAGUCUAUAGUAGUCACUGACGUUGAAAACAGGAAACAGGCUGAAAUAGUCUAUAGUAGUCACUGACGUUGCUCUGACUGUAAAUUAAUAGGUGCUAUUGUUGAGAUCUAUUGUUCAAGGAUUGUCUUCCAUAACAAUUUCAUACACAGUGCAAUGGAAGCUCAGUCUGUUGACGUACAGUUGAAGGAUCUUGUAAAUGGAAAUAAUUGAGUGAAAAUAUAUUUACCAAUUCAUUAGACAUGAAAUGUAUUCCUAUGCUGGGAGCUGCUGCAGUGUCAGCCGCAAGCUUGAUAUUUAUGCAUUUAUAAUAAGUUACAAUUGCUUGCUAAAUAGUUACUAUAAGAAGUACAUAUACCUAAUCUAAAGCUGUUCAAUUCUACUUAAUUAUAUAUUAAUAAAAGUAAAAGGGUUGAGUAAAUGGGGGAUACUGACAAGCUAUGCUGAAUUAGUGAAUUACAUAUUAGUGAAAUUUUGAAAAAAAACAAUAAAAGUGACAUCAUUUAUAGUUGAUGUAUAUGCUUAUUAUUAAAGCAAAAUAGUUAUUAAUUUAAGUGUGACUCAAUAAUAUUGUUGGCAUUUCUACCAACCAUAUUGCUUUUAAAUCGAGUGAUUGUUCUAGCCAUUUGUUGAUAUUGUAAGAAAGAUACUGCAUGUGUUUUAUUUUGACCAUUCUAUUGUAAUUAUUACUUUUGUGUCACAAUGAAUGUUCGUGAUGAAUGUUCGUGAUGAAUGUUCAUGACAAUGUGAACUCCAGCAGUACUGCACAGGCUAAAUAGGCUAGCCACAUGUACGCAGUGCGUACCUAUUUUUAAUGUCUGCAUUGCAGGUCUAUUAGCAUACCAUGAUCAGUUGCCAUUCAAGCUUGCCACUCAAUACUGUGCAAUAAUACCAUGUGUAUAAACAAUAAUAAUACUUGAAUGAAUCCAUUAGGCCAAAUAAAAAUAAUAGUUGGCUUCAGGUUUCACAGCCAUGUUUUAUAUGGGUAGGUAAGUUGGAAAAACAUUUUAUUUAAAAAAAAAAAUUAUGUCAAGUAUGCAAUAAAUAUAAGUUAAAACUCAUGAAAUCUUAGUUUUAUUGUUUUUACAUCAGGUUUUCACCUGCAUACAUAUAAAACAUGACAUGCAAGGAAAGGAGCAACAAUUAAAUAUUUAAUGCCAACAAUGUUCAGUCUAAACGUUUAAAUGUCAAUAAAAUGUUUAUGGUCAGUCAUAUUUUUGACAGGUCGGUCGGAAACCAACUAUUAUUUUUAUUUGGCCUUGGACAUGUAGAAUUUAAUAACAAUUUCAUAUAUAGAUAUACUAAGUCAGUUUUUGUCCCAAUUAUCAUUUUAAUGGCACCUUCAAGGCUACACCUAUUGCAGAACAACUGAACAAUCUGCUGAUGGGGAGACAAAAUCUAUUUGUUGACUUUUUGUUUAAUAAUAUGUCAGCUUCAGAAUUCAGAUAACAUCAUUCUUUGUAAUGACUAAGAUUGUACACAGUCAGAACUGCGAAACUAUAUAAUAAGAAAGAAAUUGUGAGCAUUAUCGAGAAAUAUAGUAUACCCUGAAAUGUGGUGACACAGCCAGGUGAAUAUAUGAAUGAGGGCCGGUAGGAUUAUUUCAUAUUGUGCUAACAAUGAACAUAUCUCAAAGGUAUAUUUUUAGUCUGACUGUCACACCUUGUAACUGCAUGCUGGUAAGUUAAUAUAUGUAGACAACAAUCCACAUUGGGUUGAUAGGAAUAUAUUUAUAUUAUAAAGCCUGAUUAUUAAGACGUGCAUACACAUACAACAUUUCGCGUUUAUACAUAGAGUUUGUGAUGAAUAUGCUACAUUAAUUAAUAAAUUGAAUAUAUUUAAAGUUAAAAUCUCUCAACCGUGUAACUAACUUUAAUUAAUUAAUGUAGCAUAUUCAUCACAAACUCUAUGUAUAAACACGGAAUGUUGUACAUGUAUGCACGUCUUAAUAAUCAGGCUUUAUAAUAUAAAUAUAUUCCUAUCAAUGUGGAUUGUAAACUACAUAUAACUAAACAUUCAUGGCCAUAGCCAUACAUGCAUUUUAAUAUUUGAUGUGUAUGACUAUAUAUAGGCUAGUAUAGCAUGGUAAAAGCUGAGUCAAUAAACAGGAUUACACUCACAGACAUAAAUUUUCUCAGCACUAUAUUAUCUCAUAUAUUUAUAGUAUGUGUAAUGUUUUGGGCGAACAAAAUCGAACAAAUUGACAUACCUCUAAAAGAUCUCCCUUUCUCACAGUACUUACACAAAAAAUGUCUUUGCUUUGCUCCUGGCCUCGUGUUUAUAUAUGCCACAAACUCACAAAGCUGCAGAUCGAAAAUUUUUAAACGCCAUUCUUGGAACGUCGUUCGCAGAUCGCUGAACAAAGUAUUCGCUCCAAUGUAAAUUCCUUACUGCAACGUCAUAAUAUGACGUCAAACUGCCGACAAGCACAAAAAAAUCGAGAUACGCUUCAAGUGUUAUAAACUGUUGGCGGGAAAUUCAAAUGAAUAGGAGGCUGUCUUCGGCAGCAAAAAUUCGAAAAUUUGAAAAAACAACACAAGUGAAAUUUCAACUUAUGAUUUUGCAUUUUUAAGACGGCAAUCAAGGAAAUUAAAUUGCAGGAAAAACUUCAAUAACAUUUCAAGUAUGGAAAGCAUCUACAUUCAGUGGCGCCGUGGGUCCCAUGUUUUAGGGGGGGGGGGGGCCAAGGGCAGGAUUUUUCCGACAAAGACAAUUUUUCCAGACAUAGAUAAUAUAUCAAGUCAUACAAAAAUAUUGAUAAGUUUGAUUCUUAGAAAAAAUCGUGUGCGAAAAGGUAAAGUGAAAAACCUGCUUUAAAUAUUGCACAUUAUUCAUUAACAGUUUGAAGAAUUAUGUCGUAUAGGCCUAACUCGGUUUGCAAAACGAGGAACUUAUGUAAUUUGGUCGACCUGAUAUCAAUAAAUAAUAUUACGUUUACUAUUUAAAUCAUGUCAUGGCCAUAUUUAGUCUAGACUGCAGAUAUAGCUUUAUUUACAAAAAAGACAAAAUAAAUUAUUACGAUAAUAUUUUUAACAACCCAAUUAAUGUAAAUUUUGGCUCUGGCACUGUCUGUUCAGCUUAUUUAGUUAAUAUCGCAACAUAUUUUGCAACAACGGCGUGUCUGCAAAUGAGUUGAUUACUUUCUCAUAAUCUAGAGUCUUUGUCAAGUCCUGUUCAACAAUAAUAAGCAUUAAUGAAUUUAAACGCUUCUGUCCCACCGUUGACCUGAGGUUGUUCUUAACAAACUUAAGUUUAGAAAAUGUACGUUCACACUUGGUGGAACAAAAGGGAAGUGUUACCAGUGUCUUGUACACGGUGUACAGUUCUGGAAAUGCACUUUGUAGGUUAAACUUGGACAAGACUUUCAACACUGUGAUAAAGUUGAUAUCAUCAUUACUGCUUGCCGUGCUUGGAAGAGUUUCUUUGGGACGACGAUUGUUUUCCGGUUUCCUGAGCUUUGGGUAAGUCUCUACGAACGAGAUAUACUCUUCCUUCAGUUUUCUAUCAUUAAAGCUGUAAUUAUGUGUAACAUUUUGAAAAGCAUCCGGUGGUAAAUCCUUGCUGGAGUUGAUAUCUUGGAAUCUCUCAGGAUCAAGUAGGGAAAAGUCGGCGAGGAUAGCUUUGUGUGACGAGAAGUGAUCUCUAAUUGACACGAUGGCUGUGUCAAUGGCAUAAACGAACGUUUCCCGCCUAUAUCUACUGACUGGAUCUUCCUCGAUUUUGUCGUUAGAUAACUCGCCAGGAAGUCAUUUCUUCUUUCUUGUGCGCUUCGAAGCAAAAUCUUGCUCCAGUUCAUGGUCCACACAAAACAUUUUGGCAAGGGCAUGAACCUUGCUGAAUUCCCCACAAAGCUGCUCGAGCUGUGAUUCAGCAGUUUCAAUCAAUCGAAUAGCAGUAAGUAAAUCAAUCUUUUCUGAUUGUAGAUAUAGAGAUGCAGGAAGAGCCAUUCAGGGAAUGUCGUGUAGCGUUGAAUUGGAGAAAGCCCUGGAAAAGGGUUAUAGUAUCCUGCAAAUGCACGAAGUGUGGCAUUUUCCCGAAACCUCUGUUAACCUGUUCAAAGACUAUGUGAAUACCUUCCUGAAAAUUAAACAGGAAUCCAGUGGGUACCCUAAGAACUGUGUUACCGAAGAGCAAAAACAGCAGUAUGUGAAUGAAUAUUUAGCGGUUGAGGGAAUACAACUGGAUAGGGAAAAGAUUGAGCACAACCCUAGUAUGCAUGCUUUGUCCAAACUGAUGCUGAACUCAUUUUGGGGUAUGUAUUUAUUAGUUUGUUUACUAAGGGCCACGCGAUAAACCCUAAUUAAUAGGUACUUACGUUGUACUUUUCCCCUUAGGUAAAUUUGCGCAACGAUCCAAUAUGACCAAGGUGGAAUUGGUCAAAGAUCCCCGGACGUAUUUCGAUUACUUGACGUCAGAUGAAAUUAAUGUCUUAAACACAAGGUUCGUAAGUGACGAAAUGGUUGAACUCCAUUACGAGUACAAUGAAAAUUUCGUAGAACCCGAUGCAAAGACUAACGUGGUGAUCGCCGCCUUUACCACAGCUUAUGCCCGUCUUAAACUAUACAGAGUGCUCGACCAGCUUCAGGAAAGAGUAUUGUACUACGAUACGGAUUCGGUGAUAUUCGUAAGCAAGCCCAAUGAGCCAGAACCCCCGUUGGGUCCAUACCUCGGCCAGUUAAACAAUGAAUUGAAGGAGGGUUACAUUACCACCUUUAUCUCGGGCGGACCGAAAAACUGUUACAAAACCAGUACAGGUAAAGUGGAAACGAAAGUACAGGGGAUUACCUUGAAUUGCUCGGCACAACAGAAGGUAAAUUUCGAUGUCAUUCGCUCGUUAGUGUACCUUCAUGCCAAGUGUAAUGUUACGGGAAAAGUUACAGUGGAUAUCCCAUUGAAGAUAACCCGAAACGCAAAGGACAAAAGCAUUGAGACAAAGCGCAUGAAGAAGGACUAUAAAAUAGUUUAUGAUAAGCGUUUAAUUAUAGAUGAUUACAAAACAUUACCUUAUGGGUAUUAA